AUGGCUUCAAUAGGUGCUCAACAAGCAAAUGAUGAAGACAAGCUCGGUGUCUCCCUUCGCAGAGAGAAUGCUUGGGCAGACACUUAUCAUUUGUACCUGUUUGAAAAUUUUUGGUGUCCAUCAAUUCAUUUUCAAGCAGUAAACAAUUUUCAGAAAGAGUUUCAAGCAAAAGAGAGUGAUGUUGUUGUUGCUAGCUUUCCAAAAUUAGGUACGAUUUGGUUAAAAGCCCUUACUUUUGUCAUUGUCAAUCACCAAAGUUUCUCCUCUUUAGAGGACCAUCUAUUACUCACUUCCAAUCCUCAUGAACUUGUGCCUUUCUUUGAGUUUAUCAUUGGUGGUAAUUAUAUUCAUAACCAAAAUCUUCACUUAUCCACCAUGACUGAGCCAAGGGUUUUUGGUACUCACACUCCAUUUCCAUCAUUACCCAAGUCAAUCAAGGAGUCUAAUUGUAAGAUAGUUUACAUUUGCAGAAACCCGUUUGACAACUUUGUUUCUGCAUGGAAUUACUUUAAUAAAAUUAAGCCAGUGAUUGUGUCUGAGUUAACAUUAGAAGAAGCCUUUGAAAUGUAUUGUAAUGGGAUAAUGGAUUAUGGUCCAUGGUGGAGUGAUAUGUUAGGAUAUUGGGAAGAGAACAUGGUUCGACCAAACAAAGUUUUGUUCUUAAAGUAUGAUGAUCUCAAAGGAGAUAUCAAUCAACAUGUCAAAAUUAUUGCAAAGUUCUUGGAUUGUCCUUUUUCUGAGGAAGAGGAGAGCAAUGAAAUGAUUGAAAGCAUAAUCAAACUAUGUAGCUUUGAGAAGAUGAAAGAUUUGGAAGUAAAUAAAUCUGGAAUGUACAAGGGUAGUAUUGAGAAAAAGAACUUUUUUCGAAAGGAGAGACUGGAGAUCGGGUGA